CUCGAGGAGAUUAGGCGGGAAGCGUCAGUGGAUUGACCAAUAAGAUUGUGUAAUGGGCGUUACCGUGAUCAAAGCCACGCCCUCUUGAUGAAAAAUCGUUCUGAGGUUGUUUUCCCGAUUUGAGCCAAUUAGCACACUAGCAUGUUCCUGGAGCUCUGGCGCCUUGGAUGGAGGCUGAUUAAAUUUCCCCUCAUUAACACGACUUUACAGUACUGAAGCUUUGAGCGAUUUUUUUUCCCCCAAAAUAAAUCUGGAGUGACUAGACCCGAACUUAUCGAGGAGACUUUGUUGUCUGCGGUCGAGAUUCCACUGAGCUGUGGAGUAUGAGUACACAAUGAAGCGGCGCUCGGACGAUCAGGAAACAGCGUUUGGGUCUCAGCGGCGGCUCCCCGGAGGCACGGAAAGCUUUCAUCACCGUGUUGUUGCCGCUGGAUCUUCAGUCUACGGGGCUGCCUCAGAGAACAUGCAGCCCGCUGCUGGUGUGCAGUACUCUCAGGUCCCUCAGACCUUUCAGGUGCCCUUGGCUCAGAGCUCGGGAGGACAUGGACACAGCGACAGUCCUGCAGUCCACGCCGGCGCACAUCAUCACGGCCCCGUGGUCCAGCCUACAGGAGCCGCCGUGGGUCAGGGUCACUCUCAUGCCCCGCCUGCUUCUGCUCCAACACCAGGCCAGCAGCAGUUCCAGAGGCUCAAGGUGGAAGACGCUCUUUCCUACCUGGAUCAAGUGAAGCUCCAAUUCGGGAAUCAGCCUCAAGUUUACAACGACUUCCUGGAUAUAAUGAAAGAAUUCAAAUCUCAAAGCAUCGAUACACCAGGCGUGAUUAACAGAGUGUCGCAGCUAUUUAAGGGCCAUCCAGACCUCAUCAUGGGCUUUAAUACCUUCCUUCCCCCCGGCUACAAGAUAGAAGUGCAGACUAACGACAUGGUGAACGUAGGCCAGGCCAGAUCCAUCACAUCACGCCACAUGGUGUUUCAGUACAGAACAUCCCCAUUACGCACCAUGACAAGGCUGUUAAAACAUAGUCAUGAAAUGUAAAUUGAAAUUGAAAUACAAUAUGCUGAGAUUCUUUGGAUAGUUCUAUUUCUGUGUUUAUGUAUUUAUUUAUUUAUUACCUAUAUGGAAUAAGGGCUUGUGUGUCGUAUCAAUGAUUGCAAUCUACAAGAAAGUGGCACCUAGUAAUGCACAUGAUUCUAAGUCAACAGCUCUGUUCACUUAUUCCUCUGUGAAAUAAAUAGCAAAAUCUUGAUCACUUACAAAUUCUCUUACAACCUUCAAAAAUCGAGUAAAGCCUCCGUUCUUCCUGAGUGCUUAAAUGUCAGCAUAGCAAUAACCUCAGCUCUUUCUUUGUCUAGGUUCUCUCUGUUUUGGUAUCUCUGUGGGUUUCCACUGGGUUCUCUGGUUUUCUUAAAGUUCCCAAAAACAUACAGGUGGUGAUUUGGUGACUCUAAAUUUCCUGUAGGUGUAAAUGAGCGUGUGAAUGUGUUACUGUAUGAGGCCCUGCGAUGGAUUUGCUUCCCAUCCAGGCUGUAUUCCUGCCUCACACCAGUGAUCCUGGGAUAGGCUCCAGAUCCACCACGACUCUGACCAGGAUAAAGCACUUACUGAGGAUAAAUAAAUGAAUGAAUGAUGAUCUAGGGUGUCUGAAGGUAUUAUUUAUUGUUACGGGGUAAUUUGUUAUCGUAUCAAAAUUGUGGGCAUUGUUUAAUAUAGGACUAUAGGACUAGCUCUUACUUCAACUUUGUUUAGCUGUGGCUGGCUCUGUGUGUUCUUUCUACAAAUAUUUUGCACAUAGUCUUUAACAUCUAUUAUGAUGUGACCAAAGGUGUGGGAAGCAGGGGUGUUGUACCCUCAGGGUUAUAUCUAUCUAUCUAUCUAUCUAUCUAUCUUAAUUUUGUGUAUAUAUAUAUAUAUAUAUAUGAGAAAUUGACUUUGAAACUGAGUAUUCUGAGUGUUUUUUUCAUUUGUAUGUUGGAGAUAGUCUUCCUCUUAUACAACACCUAUUUACCAAUGAUUAAAAUUUUUUUAUUUAUUAAUGAACAACACAUUGCACUUUUUGUACAAUAUCUAUAAGACCCAAGUGUACAGGACAGAGGAGUUUACACUUUCUGGUUUCUCAGCAACAUGAGAAGCUGCGUUUUUUUUUUUUGUAUGUGUGUGUUAAUGUGUGUCUCAUUAAUUUCAAGAGACAUAAUAAUGGAGAUCCUGGUGAGAGAACAACUAUUUAUAGCUACUAUAAAAUAAUGAAUAACAGGAACUAACCUCUGUGUUGGGAAAGUUGCACUGGAGACUCCUUCACUGAAUGUUAAAUAAAUGUCUCCUCACCAAAAACGUCACAUGUCAACUUUUAUACACUUUACUUUGUUAAAUAACAACACAUUUCUUUUCUUAGAUUAUCUGAAUGAGGUGUUACUAUAGGAAAGAUAAUGCAUUAGAAUGAGCGCAUCAGUAUAAACCUAUCAUUUAUGUUGUAGUUGUAACUAUUGUUAGGGUCAUGCUGUUAUAGAAAAUUAAUCAACAGCUUUGAUAAUUGAACUGUGCUAUGGUAUAUAUCAUGAUUUGACUGUUAUUUUUGUGUUAAGUCAUAGCUCACCUCACGUAUGCUGCUUAAAAUUGAAGCACCUCCAGUGUAAAACACCUUCCUGUGUCCCUGGAUGUGAUUGCAUUCAUAACUGCUUAAUUUUCAACUUAAUAAAUGUGAACAACA